AUGGGUGCUCCCCCGACCCCCUCUCUGCCCUCUAGUGGUAAUUACUACUGCAAAGGCCUUAUAGGAAGGUCAGAGCACUCAUCACAGUCUGUGACCAUCACUGUCCAAGAGCCCAACUCUACCAACUCUUUACCACUGGAGGUCAUUGUGGCUGUGGUCACUGGGAUUGCCGUAGUGGCCAUUGUUGCUGCCGUAGGAGUUUUGACCUACCUCAGGAAAAGGCGAAUUUCAGGAAACCCUGAGCACAGGGAAAUGGGAGAGACCCUCCCUGAGGAACCAGCCAAUCCCACUGAUCCUGGGGAGGCUCCCAACCUUCAGGCUGAAAAUACAAUCACCUAUUCACUUCUCAAGCACCCGGAAGCUCCAGAGGAAGAAACAUAGCACUUUUACCAGUAACGUAUUUAGUCUCCAUUGUCUCGCCUUGCGAUUUGGGGAAGAGAAUCAGAGAGGCAGAAGACCUGGUGUUUCCCAGCUUAAAUUCCCCUUGGGGAGAAGAAGGGAAUGCUGCAGUUCCAAAGAAAAAGGACUCCUCCAGUGUUACCCAUGUGAGUCCUGAAGCUCCCUGUUUUGAAAGCCAUAGACAAUAUAGUCCUGGAUGGCUGACUAUAUUCACUCCUGUGCCUCCACGCUUCUCGACAUCAGGACUCCUCUGUUAUACAUCAACACUGCUAAUAAAAUUAAUGAAGUUACUGCUAUAAAGAGAUUGUAGCAACACAAGAAAUGCUUAUGUUACAGGCUACAUAAGAACAAUUGUACAAGUACAUAUAAUUUCAGAAAUGUUAAAAAAGACUAACAUUAUAACAACAUACUAAAAGUGUUUAUUUCAGGGUGAUGGAAUUAUUAGUGAUUUUUACUUUAUUUUUCUAUGAAGAUCAUGUAUGACUUUUAUAAUAAAAUAUUGCAUAAACAACAUUCUGUUUACCUUGUCAAGGCUGUAUUUGUUGGAGUGUAGACUUGAAUUAUCUGGGGUCUGUUUCUCUUCAAUGAUAAGAGUCCUGGGAAGGUAGUAAUGGAUAGGAUGAGGGAGAGGACAGAUGGGGAUCUGGAGUGUAGGGUCAGUGCCCCUCUUUUUACGCUGAAUACCCUCCUUCCAAUGAACCUGUAUUCUUGUUUCCAUGUUUUUGUCUCUUUCUUCCUAUGGCAAAUGAAACAAUCACUUUUUGCAACACAAGUUCUCAGGAAGCCAAAUUUCAGAUGAAUUCCAGUGGAGACUGCUGCCUCUUCCUACUCUGCUGUUCCCCAGUUCUGUUACCAGAAGGAUAUGACCUUCCAGAGAAGCCAUGAAAAGUUAAAAACAUGACUGACAAAUUAGAAACAUGACCAAAGGCUUCCCUGGGGGCCUGGUGAGCGCCCUUGAAGAGGCUUCGUUUUUCUGGGACUCACAGCAUCGUU